AUGAGCCAUGAUGUGAGACUUGAGAUGUCUGUCACCGUGAUUAUGCCAAUGAGUAUCGUCAUAUUUGCCAGUGUGGGCGAUAUGACCUUCGCCGAGCUGCGUCGCUGCACCGCCGAAGCUCCGCCAGCGUCGCCCUCAUGCGCGCCCAAAGCUCCGCUCGUGCUGGGCUCGCUUGGCGCUUCGGUCGCAUGCACGCUGCCUGGGCUCGCUGACGCGCAUCUCGCCUAUUCAUACGGCUACGGCUCCGCGCUCGUGUGCCAGUCGGCGCUCGCGUCGGCUUCGCUCCCCGCUUCGGGCAGCUGGGCUCGGCUGCUUCUGUGCGCCUACUGGGCCUACGGCGUCAAGGUCUGUCUCUUCCAGGCGGCGCGCGACGUGCGGCCCGACUACGUCGCAAAGGCGCUGCUGGCGCCGCAGGCGCAGGGCCGCAGAAGUCCCGCUCGCCUCAAGCUCCACGUCUGCCUCGCGGUCGCCGACGCGCAAAAGUACCGGUGGAAGGCGCGGCACGGCGCGGACGCGCUGGUGAGCCACGGGCUGUGGUCCGUCUCGAGGCAUCCCAACUUCGCGGGCGAGAUGGUCUUCCACGUGGGUGUGAUGCUGGCCGGCAUCGCAGGGGCCACGUCCGCCGCGGCGGCCCUGCUCUCGGCCCUCGCGCCGUCCGCCUUCCUCGGUGAGCGGCAGCUGCUCUUCUUCGAGCGCGCGCCGCCGGAGCUGCGUGACCGCUGGCGCGCGUACGUGCAGAGCACCCCGCGCCUCUUCCCGCUGCCCGCGGCAGUGCAGCCUCGCGCCGACCCGAUCGUGGAGGAGCGGCAGGAGCAGGAGACGCGCGGCGACGAGAUCGCCGGCAUCCUCGGCAUCACCGCGGGGGCGGGAGCCGUCACCGCCGCCGUCGGCCUCAUCGGCUGGCUGCUGGUCUCGUGA